UUUCCUUAUGGGAAUAGAAAACGGGGACGCCCAUGCUAGGAGAUCCUUUCUUCCAGUUACACCGCGUUAGUUGGCCCCCGUCUGAGGUGCCCCUUUCGUUCAUAUUUGAAGUCCCCUUUUGUCAAGUGCUACCGAGAAGUGGGUGGGUCGCGAGCUUGUCAGUUGUGUAUCCCAUCUAGUCAAUCGUGAAGGAUCAAGACAAAGAUAUUCCUUGCGGGCUUUGAAGGUGUCCAUCAUUGCAGUUCGGCCACCGUCCCAUUGUCAAAAUGGGAACAGAGCAACAGUAUUGCCUCAAGUGGAAUAAUCAUCGCUCCACUAUCCUAUCAGUGUUCGACACACUCUUAGAAGAAGAGAGUUUGGUGGAUGUGACGUUGAGUGCCGAUGGUCAAUUCCUGAGAGCCCAUCGCGUUAUUUUGUCCGCAUGUUCACCAUAUUUCAGGAGCCUCUUCCGUUCUUCGUUUCUCCUCGACAAGGCCCCCGUCAUCGUUCUUAAAGAUGUGGACUUUGACAACCUCAAAUCCCUGGUCGAAUUUAUGUACAAAGGAGAGGUCAACGUGCCUCAACACAUGCUGCCCACAUUCUUAAGAACGGCAGGAUCGCUUCAAAUUCGCGGAUUAGCGGAAGGUGGAAGCAAACAUUAUGAAGGCCAGAUGGGCGUAGAUGCCCCCUCAUCUUCUUUCCCCGCCUUUCCCUCUCCAAACAACCACUCCACACCCAGAGGAGGUGGUUCCGGGACUGGGAGUGGAGGAGCAACGUUUAAAGAGAGGAAAAGCACCAAUAGCACCGCCAAUAAUGUCAGCGGGGGUGGCAUUUUAGCAGCUAGACUAGCUCAGCUGAGUUCAGAAAACACGUCUCCGUUUCUCGAUUUUGGAACUGACUCGUUGCUAUCGCGCCCACCAAGUCAUCAAGGGCAUCAUCAGCCACCGCCCAAGAAAUCUAGGAAAUCUGAGAAACCAACUCACAAGGACGAGUCGAAAAAGGAGAACAAACUCAAGAUCCCUCCGUCUUCCCCAAGCAGCAAUAAGUCUAUUUCCCAAAGCAACAUCCCCAAGAUCUUGUCUUCGAACAACAAUAGCUAUGACAUCGAAGAAGGUGCUCUGAAGAUUGACGAAGACAUCGACAACGGCAAGGAUCACAUGGGUGAAGACUCGAUCGCCGACAAAGACGAGGACGAUAUUGUUGACUUAGAUGGUUCUAAUGGUAUCGACAGUGAGGAGGAAGAAGAGCCUUCCAUGCCUGGACCUGACGGGCAUGACUCCCCAGCUACCUUACCACGUGCAUUAAUCAACCCAUGGACUGGAGAAGAAAUGAGUCUGAACUACGAUGCCGGAGAAAGUCCGAACCAUCGAGGCGGAGGUGACGGUGGAUCCUUGUUCCCGUCACUUCUGGAUCCUGCCACCCUUUUGGCAGCGGCUACCCGAGCUCAUAGUGGGCUGGUUGGCGACAUAGGCAAUAACGGGAGUGAGCUCUCGCCCGGAGGCCACAGUGGUUCAAGCGGCAGUCGAUCCAACAAUGCUGGAGCCGGCGGGGGCGGGGGCAGUAUCAGUGGCAAUGGCGACGGGAGCUUGUCGGACCGAGAUCCUAGUAGCAAUAAGUAUGCGUGUUCACGAUGCGGCCGCAGCUACCUUCAUCAAGCCACGCUCGUGCGGCAUCAGCGCUAUGAAUGCGGCAUUUCCGCUAGUUACCCAUGCUCGCUCUGUGGCCGGAAAUUUAAGCGCCGAGAUGUACUGAAAGGUCACAUGGAGAAGUGCGUGAACAAGUCGACUGCAGGUGUGGUCAGCGCCUCUUUCCCAACCACUCUUAGCUCGUAAAAUGGAUCGUCCAUCAUUGUUCAAAUCAAUUGCUAGUUCAGAUGACUCGCACAAGUCAACCCAGGCAUUGGCAGAAGAAAGUCCCCGAACAAGCCAAGCAACACACAUGAUAAUAUCUGUUUGUAAAUGUUUCCUAGCUACGUCGUGAUUCGUGGGCAGCAAUCCUACCAACCAGUUUAUGCCAUAUCUUCUGAUUGGGAAGGUACUUCGAACUAGUGGUAAAUUUCCCCGAUAUGUUGAAAGGAGUCUAGAUGCAACUCCUGCUUUCGUUUCUCUCCCCUCCUCUCCCGAACACACACACACUCCAAUAUUUUUUGGGGCCGACUCAGUAUGGUUAUUAGAUGUUCCGCCUGCCCUUCCCCACUCCUUUUGUCCCCAUCUCGAUUCGUUAUCAAUAUGAAACAGGAUCAUAUUCGUGUCCUGUUAAUUUUGUGUUGCAGAAACAAACUCAUUUUGAAAAAAAAAAUGAUUAAUAUACUCGCCCCAACUUCACUUGAUAAUUUAUCGUCAUCAUUGCAGUUACCCAUCUCUCUCACACUCUCUUCCUUCUCGUAUCCCAAUCUCUCUCUCCUUCCUUACAUACAUGAGUAUGACCUUUUGAAUCUGGAUCACAACUUGCAUAUUGUUCAAUCUAAAAAAGCACAAAAACAUACCCUAGGUCACAAUCCCUUUAAUUCGUUUGAACAAUACUCCUCACAAUACGAAAUGACAAAAUGACAAGUCUCGUUUCUUUUGUCCUCGGCCAGUUUCCGAGUUGUCAUUUUAGUCAUGCGGAUUACUUGAGCAAUGUCCCCAAUUUGGCCUUUGGAAGGGACUGGGUGGUUCGAAGUUUGAGGGAGCGACACGCCUUGUAAAAACUCUCAAACCUUUCCUUCUUUAACACGAGUAAUUUAUUAACGUGAGCACGAUUCUCCUUUAAAUUAUGAUUUUUGCUAUUACUGCAUCCAUUACGAAUAUCACUUAUCAUUAUUAUUAUUACAAUUAUUAUCAUUAUUAUCAUUAUCGGAACUGUAGCCCCUACUCCGACAACUUGAGCUAUCUUGAGCAACUCUAUUUCAAUCGCCCUCGUUAGUGUUGUCGUACAUUUUCUGCAUCUUGAAUUAUUUCUACCCACUAAACUGUUGUUACUGCGUAGUUAGUUUCAAUCAUUUUAUCCUUUACCACCCAUGUGCAAUCAAACCAAUUAUCCCUUAUUUCUCUUCCUCUUCUUCAUCCUUCGUUUUCACAUGAGGAUGACCAUUUACUUCCAGAGUAAUCAUUAGUUUGUUCUUCAAUUUUCCACGUGACUUUUUUUCUUGGAAAAAAGUGCGCCAAAGUAAUUCCUAGUCAGUCAUAAUUGUGUCACCCAUGAGCCUUGUUCCCUCCUUCCCAAGUAAUUGCCCAAGAUCAACGCCUCUCGUUCCUCGGUAUCCUCGAUCCUCAUCCAUUUUAGUUGCAAAAAGAUACAUCGACACCAAACUACUAGAUAGAAACCCACUUGACCAAUUAAACCCAGAGUGCCAUAUACCACAUCAAACUGUUUUCCUUUGAUGAUCCCCAGACCCUAGUUACCGAAAAGUCUCAAUCCCGACUCAAUUUUCUUGGCUCUCAUAUGUCCGAACACAAACUCUACUACCUACCUAUUUGCAUCUUCAGCAACAAUAAAUCACAAUUUCUGAGUUCAA